UCACACUGACUACGCCCCAACCAUAACCACUCACAUUAUCCGCCUUAUGAGUGUGUAGUUCAACCUUCUGCCAGAUACACGUUUUGAUGUAGUCCAAAGCACAUGUGUAAACGCUGUACACCCUACUUUGCUUUUGGGGAGGGGAACAGAAGCUUUCUUUGCAUUUAAAGAAACACUCACAAAAACAGCGCAUUUUUCAUUGCAGCCACAAAUGUCAUGUUCAACAUCGUAUAAUGAAAGAUCUGUGGUGUAUUUUGAGCUGAAACUUUACAGACACAUUCUGGAGAUACCAGAGACUAUUUUAUAUUGCUGAAAACACUAGGUCAGGGGCCCUUUAAAUUAACAGUGUUCACAAUGUUAACAGAGGAAUGUGAUAUUUUGCAUUCAAAUUCACUUUAUUAAUUGUUACCCUUUCUAUGUGGUGUAGCCUAUUGUAUUGUAUACGUGUACAAUGUUAUAAAUUACUGUAUGACUCUUAUAUCUUCCUCAAAUAGCUACAAAUAAUUUGCAUGUACUGGAUUGUGGGCACAAAAACAUCCUCAUUAAAAGGAUGAGCAAUAAUGUUGCUUACUGUAUGCAACUUCUCCUUCCAUUGUGCCAAAACACCACACUUUACAUAACUAGGCAACCUGCUUAAGGACAGAAUAUGUUUGUUAUCAAGAUCGAAGCAAAAUUAAUCUCGAAUCCUCUAUUAUAUAAAAUAUAUAAAUGAAUAAAUGUAGGACUUCGUACUUUUGGUUGAAGUCAUUGAAUGAACAGAACGCAUUGUUGGGAGGGCAAAUCCCUUCUGUUGGGAAUUCCCUUAGAUCAUCAUAAUGGAAUCAGCACGCGCUCUGACGUAUGCUUUAUUUUUUUGUCUACAGUAUGUACACAUUCUUUGUAAAGUUACUUGCAUUAAGCUUUAAUGCUAACAUAGUGUCGAACUUUUUAACAGUUGAAGAAAUAAAACAAACAUAAAUAAUAAAAACACAUGGGAUAUUUUGCAUUGUGUAGCAUAAGUUACAGCAACAACCUUCCAGAUGUCUAAACCUACGACAAUAAUAAACCCACGUGUAUACUUAAAGCAUAGGUCUCAAAAACAUGACAGGUUUUUUUGGAAUGCACUGACUGUCGGGAUAAGUGUUGUUCAUUUUCCUUUCACCUGUAUUCGAGAAGACCCGCCCGCUGUGAUAGUAUUGGCUGUCAGAAACUGUUAUCAGUCUAUGAUUGGACAGUUGAGAAGUCACUCAUGAUCGCAGCAAACAGUAAAUUGCUCAAGGGCGGGACUUAAAAAAACACAGCGUUGCGUGAAUUCGUGUUCGGUUUGAUCAGACCUGCUAACACACAGCUGUGAAAUAGCUAACUGUUUCUAGCGCUCUCAUAACACAUUUCUUUUCCGACAAAUCUCACACCCCGUGAUUUUAUUUCAUUUUAUCGUCAAUCUGCAGUUUGUUUAUGGCGUGAACGUUGUUCAGUUUGGGGGCGUGUCUCCAAGCGCGAGCUACAGGGCAUGUUUCAUUUCCAGCUCUGAUUUAGUAGUACUUUGUCAACAUAGUUUAACCUUCACGAUUUAACAGUCGUGUAGAUGUUUUCCAGACGCGUGUCUCUGGAUCAUUUAGUACGAAAAUCAAACAGCGUUCGCAACAUAUAAAUAAAUGCGCGAGCUUUUCUUUUCUCUCCACGCGAGCGUUUCGGUCUUAGCGCGAGCUUUCAUUUCCCCUUUCAUUUGUCAUACUGAAGCUGAACGGGCCCGUAUCCUCGUGUGAUAUCACGAAACAUGGAGCACACAGGCUGCGUCAACAUCUGCAGUCUCACCAGCACCUUACCGGUGAUUCCCUAUCGAAAACUAACGGACUUGCAUUACAUCAGUAAGGGAGGAUUUGGGACUGUAUUCAGGGCGCUGCACAGUGACUGGCGCACUACAGUCGCGAUCAAGUGCUUGAAACUCGAUUCACCGGUUGGCGAGAGAGAAAGGAAUUGUUUACUGAAGGAAGCCGAGGUGCUUCACAAGGCUCGAUUUAACCACAUCAUUCAGAUUUUUGGUGUGUGCAAUGAGCCCGAGUUCUUCUGCAUUGUGACAGAGUUCAUGACCAAUGGAUCGCUGGAUGAACUAUUGCAUGAGAAAGAUAUGUACCCAGUGGUGGCCUGGCCAUUGAGACUUCGCAUUCUUUAUGAGAUAGCUCUAGGGGUCAACUUUCUCCACAAUAUGACCCCACCUCUUCUUCAUCAUGAUCUCAAAACUCAGAACAUCCUGCUGGAUGGGGAAUACCAUGUCAAGAUUGCUGAUUUUGGCUUGUCGAAAUGGCGUCAGCUCUCUAUCACUAAAGGCUCUGGCUCCAAACCUGCUGAAAUGGGAGGCACUGUCAUCUAUAUGCCACCCGAGGAGUAUGAACCAUCAAAGAGCCGUCGCACUGAUGUCAAAUAUGACAUGUACAGUUACGCCAUCAUCAUGUGGGAAGUGCUUUCAAGACGGAUACCAUUUGAAGAGGCCACCAAUCCAAUGCUGAUCAUGUUCAGCGUCCUUCAAGGGUCUCGGCCCGACACGAGUCCAGACAGUCUGCCCGCAGACAUUCCCAGCAGAGAAACCCUCAUAAACAUUAUGACCUCUGGCUGGACCGCAAACCCAGACGACCGGCCCUCCUUCCUCAGUUGUCUUAUUGAACUGGAGCCCAUGUUGAGAAGGUUCGAUGAUAUUGAAGUUUUAGAAGCAGUACUGGAGGUCAGAAGGACAAAAUAUAUGAGGCCAGGAGGCUGCUGCUCAUCAACUCAGACAAAUGGAAAACAAACCAAGGAGAAGAGUGUAAAGGAGCAAAACGUCCCCUGGCCGUACAACAGUUCCACAUCUGGAUCGGGUUCCUGCUCUUCCCAGGAAGCAGACAUUUCUCUUCCAGGCUUCCUUACCAUAUCAAAUAUACCACCUUCUCAAGGUUUAUCAGCUCCUCAGGCUGGUCCACAGCCUUCAAUAAUGUCACUUCCAAUGGAUCCUCCAAAGCCUCUUGUGGACAACUGCUCUCGAAACAAUCUCAGUCCUGAAUACCAGACGGCCCAGCAUAUAUCUGACUUAAACAUACGCAUGAAGCCACAUUCGCCCCAGAGUGAGAGUGAAAUGGCCCUUGACAUACAACCGCUCACCAUACAGCCACACCCACAAGAUUUUGCCACACCAUUGGACUCUGAGGGUCCUGCCGCCCGCUGGAUAGCAUCCCGACGGGAAGACGUUGUACGGCAGAUGACGGAGGCGUGCCUCAACCAGACUUUAGACGCUCUGCUGGCUCGCGAGCUGCUGAUGCGCGAGGACUACGAACUAGUCGUGAACCAAUCGACACGCACCGCCAAGGUACGGAAGCUUUUGGACACCUGCGAGCGGCACAGCGAGGAGUUUUGUCGCGUGGUGGUAAAGAAACUCCUGGACAACAAGCAGAUGGGACUGCGGCCCUACCCCGACCUCAGCACCAUUAGCCCACCCCCACCUUAUACUCCUGUCACCACUCCCUUCAUUUCUAACUCCUUCAACAACUCACGAAACAUCUUCUGACUUCUUCCCAACUGGAGAAAUGUGAGUCUUGCUUUCUCUUUGGACUUUUGUUAUGGAAUCAUUCCUGCAUUGUCUCUGCUGCUUAGGGCGCAGUUUGUGUUCCUGUGCUUUCGACAGUUGGGAAGUUGAGCACUUUUUUCCCCGAGUUUAGCAUGGCCCAUUCUGAAUCAUUUUAAAGUUACCGGUGCUGGGAAAACAAAGUCUAGCAAUUUUGAAAUUCCACAAAUUUUUUUUGGAUUGCCAGGAAACAAGUUCCUUUCUCCCUGAAAGCAUUAAAAUGCUUAAGCUAUCAAUCAUUUGACCCUUCCCUGCCAGGGCGUCAUUUGCAAAAAUUCUCCUAAGAGGAAUGCCACAUCCCAGUUAUAAAGACGUAACACAUUUUCUGCACAGGCCUGGACUUGGAAUUAGUGUGAAUCAGCUGUUUCUGUCUUCCUUUUUGUAAAUCAGUGUUUUCGUUUCCCAAAUUGAGACUUAAAUAGUUUUGACAGUCUUUUGAUGUCUGUUUUGUCCUGUGUCAGGGUUUAUCUAUUGAACAAUCUGUACAUAUGUUGUACUCUCAUGUGGUUGAGCUGACAGACCGCAAAAUAAACUUUGCUGAAAAUCUGAGGACAUGAUGGUCUAAGAAAAGCAUUGAAAAAUUGAUGUUUUUUCUCAGACUAUGGUCGAUAAUCAUACUUCUGGUUUAGCCUUAAUACAUUAUGGUGUGCCAACCAGUCCAGUAUUCUUUCUUUUCUUUUCGCUUUGAUUAGCAUUGUGCGGUGUGCCCAAAAUGCAAUAUAUAGGGAUGGUUUUCCAGACAGGGUUUAGAUAAUCCAGGACUAGACCUUAAUUUUAUUAGGACAUUUCAGUCGUUUUUACAAACAUACCUUACAAAAAACAAUACUGGUGUGCCUCUUGAGACAAAACAAUGGCACUGAUAUAUGUAAAGAUCCGUCAAUGCAAGAUGUUUUUAAAGCAACACUAUGUAGUUUCCAUGUAAAAAUGACUUACAGCUCCCCAUGUGGUUGAAAAGCGCAACAUUGCCUGGUAUCAGACACUCUUCUGCAGGCAGGGGGAGGGGCGGGGCGUGUGCCCUACCCUCCACCGCCACUUUCAGAGUGUGCUUGUAGCAGCUAGGAGGCUGCUCAGGUUGCAGCAACAGUACAAUUUGUCCAGUUAAAAGUUGUUCUAUCACUGAAAUAAUUUUAGAGACAUUAUUUAAAUGUAAAAAAACUACAUAGUGUUGCUUUAAAUGAAAGCAGCUCAAACAUGCAUUUUAGUCCGAGACUAGGAAAAGCCCUGUCCGGGAAACCACCCCUCUUCAUCAAAUUUGUAGUCAAAAAUCCUUUCAAGACUAGUUGGCAUGAGAUUUGUGAGGUUUCCUUGCUUUAACCCGUUUUUGAGUCUCAUUUCUGGUUUGUUUUGGAUGAACUACAGUGAUGGACACUGAAACUUUGACAAUGGGU